AUGCGAACGUGUUGUCUCCCGUCGUGUACGUCCUCCUCCUCCUCUUCACCUCUGGUCUCGUCUUCUCCCGCGUCUCGUCGUGUACGUCUUCGUAAAGUCCACCUUUUCGCGGCGAAUGAAAACGAAGAGCGAGAACGAGAACUCGACGAGAAAACUCGGGAAGCUUUGCGUCUUCCGUCGAAAUCCUCCCAAGACGACGAGGAGGCUCCUUCUCAAAAGGGAAAUGAACGCUUCGGAAACGUAGACGGCGGGAAAUACGGCCUGGGAAACCGAGUGGAUAAAGCGUUGGAUGCGACGACGGACGAGUUACAGUUUAAAAUAGGCGCGAUUGUCUGCGUGACCUUGCCCGUGUUGCUUUUGAUUUUCGGGCCAAGACCUCCGAGCGAGUAUUAA